AUGCCUCCCAAGAACAAGCAGAAGUCUGCCGCCUACAUCCUGGGCGUGGGAAUGACCAAGUUCAUCAAGCCCCGCGGAAAGGUCGACUACACGGAGCUGGGGUUCGAGGCGGGCGUCAAGGCCCUCCUGGACGCGCAGAUCAACUACGACGACGUGGAGCAGGGCGUGGCGUGCUACUGCUACGGCGACAGCACGUGCGGGCAGCGCGUCUUCUACCAGUUCGGCAUGACGCAGAUCCCCAUCUACAACGUAAACAACAACUGCAGCACGGGGAGCACGGGGCUGGCUAUGGCGCGCAACCUCGUGUCGGCGGGUGGCGCCGACUGCAUCAUGGUGGUGGGGUUCGAGAAGAUGAUGCCGGGGAGCCUCCAGAGUUUCUUCAAAGAUCGGGAGAACCCCAUGGGCACGACGCACCGCAUGAUGGCCGAGACGAGGGGCGUCACCAAUGCGCCUGGGGCGGCUCAGAUGUUUGGCAAUGCCGGUCUCGAGUACAUCGAAAAGUACGGUGCCAAACCAGAGGAUUUCGCCGAGAUUGCUCGCAUCAACCACGCCCACUCGCCCAAGAACCCGUACUCCCAGUUCCAGGACGUAUACACGCUCGAGCAGGUCAUGGAUUCGACCAAGAUCCACGGGCCGCUGACCAAGCUGCAGUGCUGCCCUACGUCGGACGGCGGGGCGGCCGCCAUAGUCGUGUCGCAGGACUUCCUUGACACGCGCCCCCACCUCAGGGAGCAGGCCGUCGAGAUUGCGGGGCAGUGUCUCGCCACGGACGCGCCCAGCCUCUUCUCCCGGAGCAGCAUCGACCUGAUGGGCUACGACAUGACGGUGCGGGCGGUCAAGACGGCCAUGGCCGAGGCCGGAAUCUCCGCUGGCGACUGCCAGGUCGUCGAGCUGCACGACUGCUUCAGCGCCAACGAGAUGGUCGUCAUCGACGCCCUCGGCCUGUCGGACAGGGGCAAGGCCCACGAGCUCGUGCGCGCGGGCGACAUCACCUACGGCGGGCGCUACGUCGUAAACCCGUCGGGGGGGCUCAUCUCAAAGGGCCACCCGCUUGGCGCCACCGGCAUCGCCCAGUGCGCAGAGCUCGUCUGGCACCUCCGCGGCUGGGCUAACAACCGCUCCGUCCCCGACACGAAGUACUGUCUACAGCAGAACCUCGGACUGGGCGGUGCUGCCGUCGUCACCGUUUACCGUCGCGCAGACGGCCGCACUGCCCCCGCCGAUCUCGAAUCGACCGCUAUCGGCCGUAAGAAUGGUCUCGGGUAUAACCCUGCCGUCGAGGCGAGGGGUUUCACAAAAGAGCAGGCUGCUGCGGUUCGUAGUCGCGAGCAUUCUAGUGAUUGGGCACUGCAGGACACGGAGAAGAAGGUCGAGUCAAGGUUUUGA